GUCAAGAUCCCCCCAAAAUGAGUCACCGUAAGUACGAAGCCCCCCGCCAUGGUUCCCUCGGCUUCCUGCCCCGUAAGAGGGCCGCCCGCCACCGUGGAAAGGUCAAGGCAUUCCCCAAGGAUGACGCCAAGAAGCCGGUCCACUUGACCGCGAUCAUGGGUUACAAGGCAGGAAUGACCCACGUCGUUCGUGAUCUUGACCGACCCGGGUCCAAAAUGCACAAGAGGGAGGUUGUUGAGGCGGUUUCCAUCAUCGAGACACCACCGAUGGUGGUUGUUGGUGUUGUGGGCUAUGUCGAGACCCCUCGUGGUCUCCGUACUCUUACAACCGUCUGGGCUUCGCAUCUUUCGGACGAGCUCAAGCGUCGCUUCUACAAGAACUGGUACCGCUCGAAGAAGAAGGCGUUCACUCGUUACGCCAAGAAGCAUGCCGAGGAUGGCGGCAAGUCUAUUGGCCGCGAACUUGAGCGUAUUCGCAAAUACUGCACGGUCGUCCGUGUCCUUGCGCACACACAAAUCCGCAAGACGGGUCUCAGCCAGAAGAAGGCGCACCUGAUGGAGAUCCAGGUGAACGGUGGCUCGGUCGCGGACAAGGUCGAGUUCGCGCACGGCCUGUUUGAGAAGCCUGUGGAAGUCAGCACGGUUUUCGAGCAGGAUGAAGUUGUCGACGUGAUCGCGGUGACGAAGGGUCACGGUUUCGAGGGUGUCACCCACAGGUGGGGUACCAAGAAGCUCCCCCGUAAGACGCACAAGGGUCUGCGUAAAGUCGCAUGUAUCGGUGCAUGGCAUCCUUCAAAGGUCAUGUUCUCCGUCGCUCGUGCGGGUCAAAACGGUUACCACCACCGUACAGAACUCAACAAGAAGAUCUACCGUAUUGGCUCUGGUGAAGACACUGGUAACGCAUCGACUGAGCACGACAUCACGAAGAAAGUGAUCACACCCAUGGGUGGUUUCCCCCACUACGGUAUCGUCAAGAACGACUAUCUCAUGUUGAAGGGCUCUAUUCCCGGCACCAAGAAGCGUGUCAUCACCAUCCGCAAGUCGCUCAUGGUUCACACAUCCCGUCGGGAUCUCGAGAAGGUGCAGCUCAAGUUCAUCGACACAUCGUCGAAGUUCGGGCACGGUGCCUUCCAGACAUUCGAGGAGAAGGCAGCGUUCCUGGGUACGCUCAAGGCGCGGGCGUGAUUUUCUGCACUAUGUAUUUCUUUCACACGUACUUAGGCCUUGUCGCACCACGUCCAUAUGCUAUGCUCUGUAUCGUCAAUGCCAGCUUUGCCACCAUGUUGAGCCACGGA